CAAAACAGUCGUACUCGCUGAGAGGCCACGCCUGAAAUUUCAUGGGCGGAGGAAGAAUGUAACUUUUGCGAGAAAAAAAAAACUUGCCGUUCGUGCAACUGAGUGCGAGAGGGGACCUAACAGACAUGGCUGGAGUCGCAUCUACACUCGCCAAAAAGCGGGCACUAGCCGCUGGCUUCGGCACCAACGCAAACGCUGUCAGAUAUCAGAACCAGGACUUUGAGUCGCUGAGAAGCCAGUGCCUCAGCCGAGGGGCUCUUUUUUCGGAUCCUAAUUUUCCAGCUGCGCCGGAAUCUUUGGGUUUUAACGAGCUUGGACCGGGCUCAUCGAAAACUAGAGGCAUUCAAUGGAAAAGACCUGGAGAACUGGUGUCAAGUCCGAUGUUCAUCGUUGGCGGAGCCACCAGGACAGAUAUCUGCCAAGGAGCACUAGGUGACUGCUGGCUCCUGGCAGCCAUUGCCUCUUUAACUCUCAAUGAAGAUGUUCUGGCCAGAGUUGUCCCCAGUGGACAGGACUUUGGGGACAACUACGCCGGCAUCUUUCACUUCCAGUUCUGGCAGUUUGGAGAGUGGGUGGACGUGGUGAUCGACGACCGGCUGCCCACCAAAGACGGGGAGCUGCUGUUCGUCCACUCGGCCGAGGGCUCUGAGUUCUGGAGCGCCCUGCUGGAGAAGGCCUACGCCAAGGUGAACGGCUGCUACGAGGCUCUGUCCGGGGGCUCCACCACCGAGGGGUUUGAGGACUUCACCGGGGGCAUCGCCGAGAACUACGAGCUGAGGAAAGCCCCGUCCAACAUGUUCCAGAUCAUCCGGAAGGCCCUGGACGCCGGCGCCCUGCUCGGCUGCUCCAUCGAUAUCACCAGUGCUGCAGAUUCUGAGGCUGUAACCUAUCAGAAGCUGGUGAAAGGGCAUGCCUACUCUUUGACUGGCGCUAUGGAGGUGGACUACCGGGGGCGCAAGGAGAAACUGGUGAGAGUUCGGAACCCCUGGGGCCAGGUGGAGUGGACAGGAGCGUGGAGCGACAGCUCGUCUGAGUGGAACUCCGUCGAUCAGUCGCAGCGUGACAACCUCAAAAAGGACGAUGGCGAGUUCUGGAUGGCAUUCACAGAUUUUAUGAGGCAUUACUCUCGCCUGGAGAUCUGCACUCUGACCCCAGACUCUCUGACCAGUGACUCCUAUAAGCCCUGGAGUGUGUGUCACUACAACGGCAGCUGGAGGAAGGGGUCCACCGCGGGGGGCUGCAGGAACAACCCCUACACUUUCUGGAUGAACCCCCAGUUUAAGAUCACUCUGGCGGAGGAGGACGACGACCCGGACGAUAACGAGGUGGGCUGCACCUUCCUGGUGGGCCUGAUCCAGAAGAACCGGCGCCGCCUGAGGAAGUCAGGCGAGGACAUGCACACCAUCGGCUUCGCCAUCUACGAGGUUCCACCCGAGUUUCACGGGCAGAGGGAGGUCCACCUGGAUAAGAACUACUUCCUGACUCACGGGCAGAAGGCCCGGUCCGAGACCUUCAUAAACCUGCGCGAGGUCAGCACUCGCUUCAAAAUGCCCCCUGGGGAGUACCUCAUCGUCCCCUCCACCUUCGAACCCCACAAGGACGGGGACUUCUGCAUCCGCGUCUUCUCUGAGAAACAGAGCGAAACUCAGCCCUGUGACGACCCUGUGGAAGCAGAGCUGGACGACGAGACUGUGUCUGAGGAUGAAGUGGACGCCAGCUUUAGAGGACUCUUCACCAAACUGGCCGGAAGCGACAUGGAAAUAUCUGCAACAGAGCUGAGAACCAUCUUUAAUAAAAUCGUCGCCAGACGUACCGACAUAAAGACGGAUGGAUUCAGCCUCGACACCUGCAGAAUCAUGGUCAAUCUCAUGGACGACAGUGGUAAUGGAAAGCUGGGGAUCGGGGAGUUUGCCACCCUGUGGAAGAAAGUCCAGAAGUACCUGGCAAUCUACAAGAAGAACGACCUGGACGGAUCAGGGAACAUGAGCACCCCAGAGAUGCGGAUGGCUCUGAAGGAAGCAGGUUUCACUCUAAACGACAGCAUUCAUCAGAUCCUGGUGGCCCGCUAUGGUGAAUCCGACAUGACCAUCGACUUUGAUAACUUUGUGGCCUGUCUCAUGCGUCUUGAGAUGAUGUUCAAAGUCUUCAAGAAGCUAGACAUUGAUAGCAGUGGCUUCAUAGAGCUGGACUUCUUUCAGUGGCUGACAUUUUCUAUGAUCUAGAAGACCUCUGCACAGAAGUUACAGGCCAUUAUACUGACCAUUUUAAUUAAGUUUUGUCAUAGAGAUUUUAAAGUUUUUAUCACUGUGUUGUAUGCCUUUAUACAGAACUUUUUAAUUGUAAAUGCUGCACAAUGAUGUCUGUUGUGGAUCUUUUAUAAGGCUUGGCAUAGGUAUGACCACAUAAAUAAAUUUGUCAGUCAUGCUAUGAAA